GUCAACCAGUGUAAAGUCUGCACACCAGUAAUGACAGACGACCGACCAACCAACAUCCCUAGUGUGCUUUUUUAGAACUUGUUUUGGAUACUUAGUUGUUCCUGUCUGAACCAGCAGCAGGAUCUAGAGUUUCACUGUUUCUUUCCUACUGUAUCCAUAUUCACAACAAGACAGCCCUGAACGUCUUUCAGACAUUGAAACAUUGAGACAGUGACGAGGCCAGAUCACAGAAUCACAGACAACAGUAUAGAUGGAGACAUCUGACAUCACUGACCUAUAACACCCUUUCUUCCCCUCUCUCUCCCUUCUCUCCUUUCAGGUGAAUGGGGUGAACGUGGAGGGCAUGCGCCAUGCGGAGGUCGUGGCCUUCAUAAAGAGAGGAGGAGAUGAGACCAGGCUGCUGGUGGUGGACCCUGACACAGACCAUCACUAAGAAGAUGGGCGUCACCCCGUUGGCCAGCCACGUCAAAGACUAUGACGGUCCGUCCAUAUCCAACGGCUCCCCCAGUCCUCAGAUCAACGGCAGCUUCACCAGCCGCUCCAUGCAGUCACACCACUCUGACCUGAGCAGUCCAGACAACAGCCUGCAGCUGGGAGAGGACGAGGCGAGCCGUCUGAUGGACCCCUUUGCUGAGAUCGGCCUGCUCCUGAGUCCCACAGCGGCUGAGGCCAAAGAGAAGGCCCACGCCAAGAGAGCCAAGAAGAGAGCCCCUCAGAUGGACUGGGACAAAAAACACCAGCUCUUCAGCAACUUCUGAACUUUUCUGCCACCCAAUGAGAGAAGCAGAAAGACUGUCGCAUUUGACAUUUCUGAAACUUACCUUCAACAUCCCUACCCGUUACCCCACCACCACUACCACCCAAUCCAACAGAAGAGAAUACGCAGAUAGAAUGUUGUUCUUUGAACGUUGGCAAUCCAACACCCACUCCCCCCUGCUUCCAAAAUGGACGGGAUGGAAUGAUGGGCAUCUCAUCCUUUACCCCUUCUUUCACCCUUCUCUAUACCCUCAUCCCACCCCAGAGAGAGCUUGUCUGCUGGACUGAACUUGUCUGCUGGAC